AUGAGUUCCUCGCAUGCACCGACCAGCCCGCCGAGUGAAGGAGACGACGUAAGGACCGUUGCCUACGAUCCCAACGAUCCGUUUUGGCGCGAAACCGAAGCCGAGGACGAUGAUGACGACAUGGAGUUCGUUCCCGCCUCUCAAGGCAGUGACGAAGAGGGCGACGACGAUGUAGAAAUUAGUUUCCACGAUGCUGCGGAACAUCUCAGUAACCUGAGCGGGGUUGAACUCGCCUUCGAAUACACCGACGAGAACGACGACGAGGAGGAGGAGGAGGAGGAGGAGGAGGAAGACAACGACGACGAAGACGAUGAUGAGGAAGACGAUGAAGAAGAUGGAGAAGACGAGGAGGGAGAAGGAGCAGAGGCCAGCCGACCAGUGUACAUUACCCGCGAUCAAAUCAUGCAGCUACUCGGCCACGCAGGCCUAGGCCGGAUAUCUGCCUCCGACUUCAUAACAAGAUCGAUCCAGCGACGUUUGCGAACGGACGACAAUGAAGAAGACGAAGACGACAGCGACCCAGGCACAGGCUAUGACGCAGUUGGACCGAGGAGUAGCAGAAGACAGCGUCGUGCACGAGGCGAGGCGCUCUACGAAAAGGUGCCGAGUGAACAGGGCCAGGAACUGAUGAACGGCGGCACAUUUGGAUCGAAUACACGUCAAGAAGAUACUGUCAAGAGGAAGAAGAGGUUAGCCUACAACAUCAUGCGGAGGGAGUUAGGUCGCGGAGGUGAGGGUCGACAGAAGAACGCCACCCGGUUGAUGAAGCAAGACAUGAUUCCGGAGUCUGUCGCCGACACCAUCAUACACUACAACGCCCGGUGUUACUCUGGACAGUUCUCGGACGAUGGCAACUUCUUCUUCUCAUGCGCGCAAGACUUCCGAGUCCGGAUGUACGACACAUCGAACCCAUACGACUGGAAGUACUACAAAUCUGUCGUGUACCCAUACGGACAGUGGACAAUCACCGAUGCUUCACUCAGCCCUGACAACCGCUUCCUUGCUUACAGCUCUAUUCGCAGCAUAGUUUGUCUCGCACCGACUGACCCCGAGGACGACUCAGAGCCAAACCUCCUCGACUUUGCCAACCUUGGUGGAAGUAAUCCUCGAGGGUUCCACACAUACUUCGGCAUCUGGUCAAUCCGCUUCUCCGGCGAUGGCCGCGAAAUUGUAGCCGGCACAGGCGACAACAGCGUCUACGUAUAUGAUAUCGAACGUCGCCAAUCCGUCCUGCGCAUCCCCGGUCACCAGGACGACGUCAACGCCGUCUGCUUCGGUGACUCUCAGUCGCCCCACAUCCUUUACUCUGGCUCCGACGACACUACUCUCAAAGUGUGGGACCGCCGCUCUAUGGGCGACGGCCGCGAAGCCGGCGUCUUUCUUGGGCACACCGAGGGCCUAACAUAUGUCGACAGCAAGGGCGAUGGUCGCUACGUGCUCAGUAACGGCAAAGACCAGACGGCCAAGCUGUGGGAUCUGCGUAAAAUGAUGAGUAAGGAAAAAGCGGACAGGAUCGACCCCAAUCACUACACCACGCGCUUUGAAUACCGCUCCAACGCAUACGACCCUGCGGAUUUCAGGCCGCAUCCGCACGAUUGUUCGCUGGUAACCUUCCGCGGACACAAGGUCCUCAAGACACUGAUUCGCUGCCACUUUAGCCCUCCAGGCAGCACAGAUAGCAGGUAUGUGUACAGUGGCAGUUACGACGGGAGCGUGUACAUUUGGAACCUAGACGCCACGUUGGCUGGCAAAGUGAACGUGCUCAAGGCGACGAAGAACAGUAGGCCGAGAGAUCCGGAGUUGCUAGCUGAGACGUACGACUACUGGGGAAGGAAUGGCGGGAACUGGAUGACGUGUGUGAGGGAUGCGAGUUGGCAUCCUAAUGCGCCGUUGAUUGCUGCAACCUCCUGGAACGGAUGGGGCACUUCGCAAGGCACAUGCACAGUGCAUAGUUGGAAUGACGGGCUGGAAGACGAUGAAGCAGAGCCGCAAGUUGGGAGGAGAGUCAAUGCGCAAUUGCAGCACGAUGAGAGAUUGUACAGGAGUGUGGAGGGGAGAUCGAGGAGACAGCCAAUGUGGUACGACGAGUGGGAGGACGAUGACUGA